UAACUUACAGAAUUCGUCGUCGAUCUAACGCUUCCUUCCUCUUUUUCCUUAGAGAAGCAAAAUCAUCAUAUAUAUACACUCAGUUGAAGGUUUAUAGCAGGCAGCGAGAAUGAGAAAGGAACUGUGCAGAAACUUUCAGCGUGGCAGUUGUAGGUUUGGGGAAAACUGUAGAUUUCUUCAUCCACAACAGGCUAAACCAAAUAAUCCCUUUGGCUUUGGUUCACAACAACAGCCACAACAGCAGCAGCAACAAAAGAGUUCUAACCCUUUUGGAUUUGGUGUACAAAGUGGUGGUGCUUCCAGCAGACCAAAUCAGUUCCAGCCUUUUGAGAAUACAUGGUCACGGACGGGUUCUACACCUAAUGCUGCUGCUGGUGCUUCUGCGCAGCAGACUGGUGGUAAACAGACGCAGUCUGCUGACCAUAAAUGCACGGAUCCUGCUGCGUGUAAGCGGGUUAUGCAAGACGAUUUUAAGAAUGAGAGACCCAUGUGGAAACUCACAUGCUACGGCCACUGGAAAUAUUUUCCAUGUGACGUUACUGGUGAUAUCAGCUAUGAAGAGCUACGCGCAUUGGCAUACGACGAAAAACGAGUUCGGGAGUGA